CUUCUUCAUUACCAGAAGAGGUAUAAAGACAAGAAGUUGACAUGGUCUAUCAUCCAUAUUAGGUACCUUGGAAGGAUUUGGAGGCAGGGUGGUUGGCUUCCUCAUAUAAAUAGUAGGCUUUGCCAAUUACCGAGUCCAUAGAUAAAGAGUACUUGCUUCAACAUUUCCCCUUACUAAUGGCUCUCUUGAAAGUUACUUUUGGCUUGACUGUGAUAAUGGUUUUCUUAUCAUGCAAACUCUCUAUAGCUCACCCAGGUUUCUUUGGUUGGGGUGGCAAGGGCCCUAGUCCUACUGCUCUGUUUCCUCAAUUUUAUCAGUUCUCAUGCCCUCAAGCAAAUGACAUAGUAAUCUCUGUCCUAAUCAAGGCUAUUACGAAGGAGCCCCGGGCGGCUGCCACUUUGCUAAGGCUUCAUUUCCAUGAUUGCUUUGUGCAGGGCUGUGAUGCAUCAGUGUUGUUGGACGAUAGUUCAACGAUAGUGAGUGAAAAAAAUUCAGGACCAAACAAGAACUCCCUUAGAGGAUUUGAAGUGAUUGAUGAAAUCAAGGCCAAGUUAGAAGAAGCAUGCCCCCAAACUGUCUCUUGCGCUGAUAUUCUUGCCAUGGCGGCUCGCGGCUCCACUGUAUUAACUGGCGGACCAAAUUGGGAGCUUCCACUUGGAAGGAGAGACUCAAAAACUGCGAGUCUCAGCGACUCAAACGCAAACAUCCCGCCACCCAACUCCACUAUCCAAAACCUGGUGACAUUUUUCAAGCGUCAAGGCCUUAACAAGGCUGAUCUUGUUGCACUCUCCGGAGGACAUACUAUCGGGGUGGCAAGAUGUGUGAGCUUCAAGCAAAGGCUAUACAAUCAAAAUGGGAACAAUCAACCAGACGAGACUCUAGAAAAAGCCUACUACUUGGGAUUGAAGUCAGUGUGCCCAAAAUCAGCCGGCGACAAUAACAUCUUCCCCUUGGAUUUUGCCUCCCCACUUAAAUUUGACAAUACUUACUUCAAGCUCAUUUUGCAGGGCAAAGGGCUUCUCACUUCAGAUGAAGUGCUUUUCACAGGAAACUUUGGCAGCACUAUGAAAUUGGUUAAAACAUAUGCUGAAGACGUGACUCUGUUCUUUGACCAGUUUGCUAAGUCAAUGGUUAAGAUGGGUAGCAUUAAUCCUCUUACAGGUUUUAACGGUGAAGUUAGGAAGAAUUGUCGCCAUGUUAACUGAAAAAAUAAUUUAGUUACUAUGUAUCAGAUUAGGUUUAUUGUGUAUCUCUUAUGGUGAAUCUGUGGUGUGACUUUAUGGUAACUGAGAGUAAAUUGGAUGGUUGUCCUGGAUAAUUUUGUAA